AUGCGUCUGCGGCUCAUUGGCAAGAUAAUUGCCUUCUUCCAAGUUUUAUUGCGAUCUCUAUCGAGACCCUUUUCUAAUGUCAUUACAAAUUUGGCUACGAAUCAUCCAAAACUUCGAUCGUUGAUUUUUAUUCCGGCUGGUCGAGCACUUAUCCGCCUUACAAUUAGGCUUCGAAUGCAGAAUCUUGGUUUCGGCAAGCCAGCUACAGUAGCAGAUGUUACCGAAACUGCUGCUGCUGAAAUAGCCAACUUUAUUUUAUUUGUUUCUCUUUCUCUCGCAGUUUUCUAUAUGUCUAAAUGGGUCACUCCUGAAACUGCUAAGAAAAGUGAUUUUGAAAAGGCUAUUGCGGUAAUAAUUUUUCUAAAAAAUUCAUUUAUUCAGUAUGUAGUUGUUUAUGAAGAAUAUCAGAUAAAAUAA